GUGCAGGAAGCGGGGUCCGGGGUGUGUCCGAGGCAGGGAUCAGCCGGGUAACGGGUCUCCGAGCUAGCACUGCCGGGUAGUCAUUAGGGUCCAGAGUUAACGCCGCUCUCCGAGCUCCGGGGCGGGCUCGGGCAGACCCUGGGUCGCGCUGGCAGGUGGGGCGACAGGCCUGCAGUGUUUCCAGUGACCGCGCAGCGUCUGGAGCCUGGUUGUGGGGCGAGGGGCCCACCUCUCGGGUGGGCUGUUGCUGCAGCGCCCCCAGGAAAGCUGCCUUGGCGCAGACCCCUAAUGUAGAUGUGCUUCACCCCCAUAAAACCUGGCUUGUCAUCGCCCCGGGGCUCCACUGGCGAGGGGGGAACCCACGGGCCACACAGGCCGUGUCCUUAGCUGGGCCUGGGGGUGCCUCUGCCGGGCGGAGACCUGUGCAGGGCACCCUCCCGCUCGCAGCCCUGGCUGGGUGCGGGGCAGCCGGAGCUGAGUGUCUCUGAGCGCCCGCCUGCGAGCUUUGCCCCCGCUCGGUGCCCGAGUCCCUGCUGCCAGCCCAGCCCAGCCACACGGCUCGGAGGGGCGCGAAGGUGCCAGUGCGGCUCCUGCUACCCCCCCCACACCCCGGCUCCGCAGCCGUGCCCAGGCCGCGAGAGCCCUGCCCGGUCAGGGGCCAGCCUGCUGCUGCUUCCUCUGCCCCCCCGCCUCGCAGGGGCUCCUCUCUCGCAUGCCCGGGGCUCCUGGAUCAUCCCCUGAACGUGCCCUCGGGCCUGGUCUGGCAUAGCGCGCGCAGCUAGGCUUUGGGAAGCAGACCCGUGCCUGCCGCCCGGGGUGAGGCUGGUACAAGCCGGAGAGGAAUGGAAGGGGGGUACUCCCUGUCCCCUCGCUCUGGGGCAGGCCCAGGGCCAUGCUGGAGUUCCCAGCAGGGUGCUGUCCCGGGCACAGCCGCGGUCCUGUGGGGGCCUGUGCCCAGGUCUCUCCCCAUGCAGGCGUAGGAGCCGGGGGCUCUGGGGCACACGCAGCCGGCCCCUCGGCCAGGGCGUGCUCAUGGGUGCUGGAGGGGCCCGGUUCACGCCCACGGCAGGAUCUGGGCAGGAGCUCGCUUGUGUGGGCUGAGGCUGAACUGGCCAGGGAGGGAUCCGCAAACCUUCCGGGCUGUGCCCCAGCGCCUGGGCUGCGUCCCAGUGCACUGGGCCCCAUGGCCUCUGAUCUGGGGUCUGCUUCCCUUUGCAGUGGGGGGCUCAGUAACCUGCUGUACAAAUGCAGCCUCCCGGAACACAUCCUGAGUGUGGGCGAUGAGCCUCGGCAGGUGCUGCUGCGCGUCUACGGGGCCAUUCUGCAGGGCGUGGACUCGCUGGUUCUGGAGAGCGUGAUGUUUGCCAUCCUGGCAGAGCGGGCACUGGGGCCGCGGCUCUACGGGGUCUUUCCCCAGGGGCGGCUGGAGCAGUACAUUCCGAGCCGGCGUCUGUGCACAGAGGACCUGCAGGACCCCGACAUCUCCAGGGAGAUAGCGAUGAAGAUGUCCCGCUUCCACGGCAUGGUGAUGCCCUUCAACAAGGAGCCCAAGUGGCUGUUUGGGACCAUGGAACGGUACCUGAAGCAGAUCGCCGAGCUCACCUUCCUUCAGGACGCCCAGCGGAAGUUGUUCAGCCAGCUGAAAGCCUAUAACCUGCAGAAGGAAAUGGGGAGCCUCAGGGAGCUGCUGGAGUCCACGCCCUCCCCUGUGGUCUUCUGCCACAAUGAUGUGCAGGAAGGGAACAUCCUGCUGCUGGCUGGGCGCGAGUCACACCCCAGCGACAAGCUGAUGCUGAUUGACUUUGAAUACAGCAGCUACAACUACAGGGGCUUUGACAUUGGCAAUCACUUCUGUGAGUGGGUGUACGACUACACCCAUGACACGUGGCCCUUCUACCAGGCCUCCAUGGAGAACUACCCCACGCGUCAGCAGCAGUUGCACUUCAUCCGGCACUACCUGUGGGAGGACUCGGUGCGGCGCGGGGACACCACGCAAGAGGAGCAGGCCCGCAUCGAGGAGGAGAUGCUCACCGAGAUCAGCCGGUUUGCUCUGGCCUCUCACUUCUUUUGGGGCCUCUGGUCCAUCCUGCAGGCGAAGAUCUCCACCAUUGAGUUCGGCUACCUGCCUGAUGCUGUCUCCCUGCCCAGGAUUACGCGCGGUGCCGUUUCGAGGCCUACUUCCAGCAGAAGGCACAGUGCCUGUGACCAGCCCGGCUCUGCCUGCCCCGCGCUUGCCUGCCUCCUGCCUUAGGACCUCGGCCUCGCCGUGCUGCAGACAUGUGGGGCCUGGCUGGAGCAGCGGAGUGGCCCCUCCCCGGCCAAGGGACAGCAGCUGGCAAGGAUCCCAAGGGACCAACGCCCCCAGACCAGCCUCCCUUGCCCCCCGGGUGGGGGCGGGGGGGAUGCCCUGGCUGGCCAGUGAGCAGCGGUGGGUGCUGGGGGUCUGGCUCACUCCAGGGCAGGGAUCUCCUUGCAGGGUGUUUGGGGGCAAGGCUGGGCUGUCAGGGCAGGGAAACGGUUAAUGUUCCGGUUUGGGGAGUGAAGGCAUGGGCUGCCCUCCCCCAGUGUGUGUUAGGAUCCCCACCCUCUCCAGGGUGGGUUGUGUGGGGCCGGCUCCCCCUGUACCGCCUCUCCGCACUGCCCAUUGUCAGAUGGUUCUGUGUGGCCAUGGGGGUCCCACUGAGCAGGGCGGCUGCAGCCUCGGUCCCCUCCCUGGGGCAGGAGGGGCUCAGCUCCCCUGGGUUCCCUUCGAGUGCACUGGGGGCUGCGCUGGGCAUGUGCAGGGGUCUCCGCUCUGGGAGAUGGGGCCUGGGAGCUGAAUGUGCUACACGGGCAUUUGCCUCUGCCCCACGGUUCUGUCCUUGCGUCUCUGCCUCCCCUGGCCUGGGGCGCUACCCAGCUCUGCUGCCCCACCCUUCUGCCCCAGUGCCCUUCCUGCACCCCAUACACCCGCUUCCUGCAGGUGUGGGGGGCCUGGGGCUCCGGCCUGCCGAUGUAACCUGGGCUCCGCGAGCGUGGGCUGCAUGGGGGAGACCUGGAUGCUCUGCCCCUGCCCCCGGCAGAGCCCCUCCUGCUGGCCCCUUUUCUGGAGAAGCAGGGGGAGUUUGUAGGUGUGUGGCCAGCCCGGGAUGCUGCCCCCGCAGGCAGUGCUGGCCUAUCUCCAGCGCCGCUCAUGGGAUGAAGGUGGCAGCUGCUGGCAAUGGGGGAUGGGCUCUAGUAGGGUCCCCUGCUCCGGCUGGGGGAGUUGGUGGGGGCCACCUCCUGCAGCCCUGCCCCAAAGCGCCUCCCUGCCUGGGCCCUGUGACCGGGGCUCUGCACUCGCUUUCUCUGCCAGUCCCCAGCAUCUGCUGCCCCCUCGGAGCCGAGCCCCCGGGCGGGGCCCUCCACUGCCUAGCAAGAGACUGUGAACUCUGCACUCAGACCAAUAAAUGCCUGGCACUGUC